AUGUACUAGCAACGCGAAAUACCAGCCCACUUUACGCGAUUCAGAGAAUGUGGCGAGAUGGGAGGGAACGUGUUACGUUGACGAUACCGACGACGAACGGCGACGAAGACGAAAGUCACAACUACGAGGACGAAGCCGACUUCUACACAGCGCGAAGACUGAGCACAAACUCCUUCCGCUGGCUGUGGACGGCCAACGCAAGAGAGAACCUCCGUCUCAAGACAGCUGAAACGUCGCUCAUCAAAGAGAAAAACCGAGUUCAGAACGCCAUCGAGAGACAGCAGCGAAGUCUCCGCUCUCGUUCUUUCGUUUUGAGGUCGCUCGUUCAGGCGCGUGAAGAGGAGGCGAGCAAGCAGAGGAAGGUGGGUGUUUCGGCACUCACUCAGUCCCGGCCUCAUUGUCCGACGCCGGGAGCGGCAUUCAGUCGCAAUCGGAGAUGCGAAUUGCCGCAGAUCACAGUCAGCGGCAGGUUUCAGUCACUACAGUCUCGGUGCGAGAGCCUUUUCAGUGUCCGACAACACGUGACCGGCACGAGAGCGGAGCGAUCACAGCAGAGUGGAAAACGUUGGAAUUCCAAGCUGCUGUCGGUCGACGCUCUUGCACGGCAGCAGGACAAAAAUCGGAAGACAGAAUACCUACAACUUCCUCUACCGCGUUCUAAGGAAAACUCGAAUAUUCUGUAGAGAUUCUAGUGUACCUACAAGUUCCGCAACUGAGAAAGUUCAAAUUGACCACAUUUUUAUAAUUAAAAACUAUAGGUUGGGAGAGUAUUGUAGUAUUUGGAGUAGAAAAGCUACGAUUUAUGUUUAUUUUAUUAUGUCUUGAAGAUAUCUGAUGAGAAUACAAUCAUUCGGUGUAAUAGCUCCUAGUUAAUUACCCGUUGCUG